AUGUUAGAGGAAGGCAGUUUUAUUGAAAGUGAAAUGUUUGUUUUGGAUACUGUCAAAAUAGUUACAGGAUUAAGAAAUAUAGAAAUAAUGGAUAUGAACAUGGCAGAAAUAUUAAAGAAGAAGAAAACACGCCGGGGAAAGAAAAAUCGUAUGCGGAAGUCACCAGGUAAAUCCUCAAACGUUUUUAGUACGUUAGAUCUAGAAACUCAUAAUUUUAAUGUUAAGCGGGGACAUCGCAAUAGAAAAUUUAUACGACCAACGAGCCCGAAAGCGCCGAUGAACUCGACCCAAUUCUUAAUAGAAGAUAGAGGCAAUGGACAUUUAGAUUGUAGUUCCAACUCGCCAGCUUUCCAAGGACUGUCACCAAAAAUUGAGGACUUUGAUAGCUUAUCAUUUUAUGACUCAGAAAACGACCGGAAACUAAAGAACCGUGAUGGAGAGAUAGAGUACAUGCCUAUUGACUUUGAAGAUACUGCUGAUUUUAUAGGCCAAGAAUUUGAAAAAGAUUUUAAUUCACAUUAUAACUCCAUAAACUAUGUUGAUACUAACAAUUUCUCUACAAACUCUUAUAAUGAAGUAAAGAGAGGACUUGCAAAGUUACCAAAAUACACAAUUAUUAAAAAAAUGUUUGAACUGGAAGAAAAGUUAAAAAGACUUGAGAAAGAUGCAGAAGAAAACAGCCCUGAUAGCUUGAAGAUGAGAAUACAUCAAUUACAGGAGGAGAACUCAGCAUUAAAAAUCUUAAUCUUGGCUCAAGUCUUCCCACCCUCCAACGGGAGUUGAGCUUCUCAUCCCAGUAAUGGAGGUCUAACUUCCAGCAGUUGAGCCAGAUGAAUGACAGCAAUUGUCAGCCAUCUAAAUGGAGCAUCCAAAAGGAUUGUCCCGAAAGAUGAGUGUGGAAGCUCUAGAGGACUCGGAUCGAAUACUCCUCGGCGACACCUGAACACUGGGUAUUUGUGACGUUCUUGACCGAACACUUCUCGGGGUAGUUUGUGCACUUGAGACUACCUCAGAAUUUUGGAUAGACUCUUCCAAAACGUCUACAACAUCCUGUAAACUGUUCAAGGCUUCCUCUCCAACUCCAACUACAUCAAACAACAGAAAAUCACUUAAGAUACAUUCUAUAAACAUUUACUUACAUAAAACUGUUA